AUGUCCCCUUCCCCAUACCUUCGCCUGCCUGGGGAUGCUGGCACGAGAUUUGCCGGGGUCUUUCGCUCUUUGCGCAGCUUGGGCGAUUUGACGGAGGUGCAUUUGCUUGGUUCCACCCACACCAUGGUGUUUACCCAUUCAGUUCCCAAUGGAAUCUUCACGGUCUAUGAGGCCCUGGUGAGUGAAACAGAACCCAUUUUCCUUUGCUUGGAUUCAAGGUCCAUCGUUGUCCCUUAUGAGCCACCAAUUGGAUUCACCCCCAAGAUCAAGGAAGUUUGUGCUGGGAUGGGGGGAAUUGGACUGGGCUGCAUGAUGGCCCAUGGCACGAUCAUUGCAGCGCUUGACUGUUCUCCACUGGCAUGUGAGCACUUGCGCAUCAACCAGCAUGGCUUGGUGCUCUGUAGAGAUCUUUGUGACGAUCAGGCAAAAGGUGAAUUACACGUUCUUGGUGGCCAUGCUUCAACUUUGGUGGCAGGAUUUCCCUGUCAGCCGCAUAGUGUCCAGGGGUUCCAACGUGGAUCAGCCGAUCCUCGACACCGUGUGCUCACGGAGAUUUUGCGCACCGCAUACUUGCACAUGGUUCAGUGUCUCAUUCUUGAAUGCACCCCACAAGCCCAAUAUGAUUGUGGAGUUAGACAAGAGUUGGAAUCCAUUGCGCAGUUCAUGGGAUGGACUAUUCAUGACAUCACGCUCGCACUCAGCCAUCAAUGGCCCUGUCGCAGGCAUCGAUGGUGGGUCCUGCUUUGCCCUGCCGAGUGGCGAACCGCGUCAUUGCAAAAGUGGCCCAUUGCCGAGAGAUUCCAGACGGUGGAUUCCAUCAUGCCGGGCUGGGGGCUUUGGAGUCAUGACCACGAGCAACAACUGCAACUGAGCAUCAAAGAACUUCGUUUUUACUCAGAUCCAACAUAUGGUGAUGACCAACGCAUUUUGGGCAUGAAGGACAUGGCUGCGACUUUUUUGCAUAGCUAUGGCUCGGCUCUUGAAAAGUGCCCAUGUGGAUGUAGGGAUUCACCUUUUUCUGAACAAGUUCUUCGUGAGAAAGGUUUACGAGGUUGCUUUGUUGUUUCUAGAGCACAUGGACAACCACGAUACUUGCACCCCAUGGAGCUCUUUGCAUUGCAUGGCAUUCCACUCACGGUGUCCCAUCUUCCAGAUCUCCGGGCUGCCCUAUGUCUCGUGGGACAGUUGGCUUCCCCACUACAAGCUCUAUGGAUUUUCUCCUGUCUCAAUUCAUUGGCAGCGGGACACGAUGAUGUGCAGAUGCUGGCUCUUGCCAAUGACAGGCUUCAACAGGUGAAAAGGCAAAUGAUUAGGGAUCACUUUCAUGCCUUUCGGCACACGGAUGAUAUCCCGAGACAACUAUCUGUUGUGCUUCCUGAUGGGGAUCACAUUUUCAUCUUGGCAUCGGGAUCCACCACUGUGGCCCAAUUGCUCAGAGCAGAGUCCAUCACGUUGGCACAUGGCGAAAUGCUUCAUCUAUGCGAUGGUCCUCGUACUCUGCCAGACGACCAGAUCCUCUUGGAGCAAGGAGCCUAUGGCCCAUACUGCAUCCAAGUCACUCAAGGAGUCGAUCUUGAAGACCCCUUUGCUCAAUUUGCAGUGGUAUUCGAGUACGAUGGUGACACCCACUCAGCUACCUUGAGACCAGGAGCUUUUCUUUUUCAAGUCAUGCAACAAUGCGAUGUCACCGGCAUCAGCCACUUUGAGGACGAGCAUGGCAAGUACUAUGGUCUGGAUUACAAAGUAUGGGGCAGUCUCAGUCUCAGAGCUCACUCUUCUCCACUGACCACUUCGGCACACAUGGCUCUUGGACUUGAAGCCGCCAACCAACAUGGCCUUACUGAUAUGACCAUUUGGACAGCACUGGUCAGCAUCUGCAGAAGCAGCUAUGGACCUCACGAUGAGCCACCUCUGAUGAUCACUCCAUCGAUGGCUAGUGCUUUGCUUGCUGGUACCGCCACUGGAUUUCAGUGCGAUGGACUUCGUGCACUGUACCGGGCAAGCAACGGGAGCAUCUACUGCAUUUUCUCCACAGACAACCACUGGGUCUUGCUUUGUGCCCUUCAAGAGGACCGGAAGUUGACUUGGACUUAUUUCGAUGGAUUUCGAGCUUCGGUUCUCGCAGCAGCAUCGAGCUUGGCUUGGACUUUGAGCUCUUUGCUGCAACUUCAAGCUGACCCUGUGGAACCAUUCAGUCUGCAACCACAGACAUAUCCACAUACUUGCGGUACUGUGGCCAUCAUGCACCUUUGUUUAGCGAUUGGACUUGAAGGGCAUUUUGCUCCAGAAGCUGAACUCCACCUCCACAAUUUGCUGCUGCAACAUCAAGCUGCAAAAGUUCCCUUCCGGCCUUUGGGAAGAUCGGCGGACCUUGCUGAAAGAUUGGCCACUUUCCUCGUCGACAAGGGGGUGCCACAAGAAGCUGCCUCUUCAAGGGCGACCGAUGCCAUCAAGAUCCUGGGAGCACAAUCCAUUGCUGAGGCGCUUCAAACCUCCAACCCAUGGGCCGCACUCAAAGGCCUAGCCUCUCGACCCAACUCUCGAUUUCGAUGGGUCCAAGAACAAGAACUGAAAGCACACAUAGCUCAACAAGCUAGGACCAAACAUGGAGCUCACGUUCCCAAAGCCAAGCAGAAGAAGCAAGGAGCCACCGGCCACAAGGACAUUGCGCCGAUUGAUCCUGCUACGCUGCAGCUGAUCCCAGACACUUUCGUUGACGGUGAUGGAGAUGAACUGGAGCAAAUUCCUUUUGCUGCAGUUGGCCAAGACGCAACUGGUCUGGCUUUUUGCACCUACCAGGAGGCAAAACCUUUCAUCGAAGCGGCUGAGAACAUUAGCUCCACCACGCUUGGACUGCUGAUCAACUCGGAGAUCCCUAUGGACUUUUGGGGAGGAGCAAACAUUGUCCAUCUUUGUUUCCCGGCACUUUGCACAGUGACUGAUGAACCUUUGCUUCUUCGUGGAUCACUGCUGACUCUCAGUGAUGGGGCAAUCAGUCGCAAGGAACACACAUCUCCACAGCUUGAGGUCAUGGACACUGAGAUUCUCAAGAUCCAGGUGUGCCAGGAUGAGAUUCAACUUCCAUGGCAGCAAUUGACUGAUGGCCCUGUGAAGGCUUUGCUCCAAUUGGUGCCCCAACUACGCCUAUGUGGUGGCCGGCAGUGUGGCAAAGACUGUGCCUUUUUCCAUGCCCCCGUGGGUGAGUCUCUGCAAAGUGUCAUCAUGGACAUUUGGGCUCGGAGCUUCUACAAUCAGCAAGGCAAGACCACCAAGCCAGAGCAUGCACACUACUUCCAAGUGAUGCUGCGGAUUCCACAAGUGGCAUUGGAUUUUGUGCUACGAGUGGGAGCCCAUGGGGUCUACAUUGAGCCUCGCUCUUCUACCAGCAAGGGCCCACACCACGACUACAGCGUCAUCUGGCUGGCUGGCCAUGAUCGUGACCAAGCGUUGCACAAGCUCCGCACCUGCACCCACGGGUUUGCCCUUGCCAGACUGCACCAGCGAUACGGCAUCAGAGUGGCCAAGCAAUUUGAGAAACAAUCUCAUGAAGAACUACGACCAGAUGAUGAGUAUCUGGACAUCGCUGUCCGUCAGAUCUACACCAUCUUUCCGGUCCCUUAUGGGUUGCAGAGAUCACAGGUGGUGAAAUUGUUGGCGGCAUGGAAAUGGGCAGCAAAACCAUUGCAGCCCACCAAAGGCAAUCUGCAGGGGCAAGGUUGGACCGUGGGGGCGGAAGCCCCACCGCCAAACAAAGUGCUUCCAGGUUUUGGCCAGGACGUCCUCAUCACCCUUCAAAAGGAGAUGACAUCACAGCCAGUCCAAAGAUCCUUGGUGGCCUCAAACCGAACCAAGCGCUUUUUGAAAGAGGGCUCAGUCGCGAACAUUAGCUCUUCUGCUACAGAUCCUUGGCAUAUUGGCAACGGAGAUCCAUGGUCUUCUUGGCAACGAUCUUCCAACAGUGCCAUUGCAGCACCAUCCGCUUCCACUUCUCGAUUCUCGCAGAUCCAAGACUCCAUCAGGGAUGAGAUCCAGAAACAGGUCUCCAAAGCUCCACCUGGCCUGACGCCUCCUGAUGAGAUCAAGCGCUUGGAGGUCAACAUCGCUGAGCUCCAAGCACAAGGGACUCAAUUUCAACAUUGGUUCCAAGAAGCAGGACAUCGUAUGAACAGCACCGAAGCCCAACUUGGUCAACUUCGACAAGUUGUUGAGCAACAAGGUCAAAAAGUCACUGCACAGAUCGCAGAAAUACAGCAGGAGGUGGACAACAAGACCCAGAUCUUGCAGAGCACUUUGCAAGGUUCAGUUGCGGCCAUGACCAAUGACUUGUCCAAUGCCUUGGACAACAAGCUUAGCUCUCAGUUUGAUCGCUUUGAGGCGCGUCAGAACAAGAUGGCAAUUCUUUUUGCUUUGGCUCCUCAUGCCUUGGGUGUGGGCAGAUGGGCCGACAACCCUGGACCGGUCGAUCAGUUUGAGAAUUUGGAGAUGGAUUCCUAUGCUCCCGCUACCACCUCUUUUGUGAGGAUUGGGUGUUCCAAUGCUUGUGGCCUACGCGGCAAAGAAAGUCUGGCCCUGCAGCUUGGGAGCGGAAUCUGGUGCCUUUCUGAAACUCAUCUCACUUUGGCUGCGCAAAGAUCUGUUAGUUCCACCUUUUCACAGUUUGGGCAGAGACUGAAUAGAAGGGUACGGACCCAUUUUGGUGCACCUGUUGCCUUUCGCAGCAACUCAACUACGGCCGGCACUUGGAGUGGAGUGGGGGUGAUCAGUGACUUCCCUUCUAGAGAAGUCAUGCUGGCAAUGCAACAUGGAGAGCGAUCCUCAGGCCGACUGGUCGUCACUCGGCAUUUGGUUCAUCAACUUCCAGUCAUGGUUGCCUCUUGUUACGGUUUUCCUCAAGGUCCGACAUGGCCUGACAGCCGCAACCUGAACAAGCAACUUCUGGCCAGUCUGACCAAAGAAGUUAUCGUUGGAGGAGCUGGACCCAGAAUCAUCGCUGGUGAUUUCAAUUGCGAUGCUGGACGGAUGGAUGAGUUCCGGAUCUGGGAGAGCUACGGAUGGUCAGAAGUGCAAGUUCACGCCAACAUGUGUUGGCAGCGACCCAUUGUUCCUACCUGUAAAGGAGCCACAGUGAUCGACAUGAUAUGGAUGUCCCCAGAAGCUGCUCUCCUUUGCAGAAAUGUUGGCAACGUGAAUUUGUUCACCGAUCACACUACGUUGUAUGCUGACUUUGCCAUCCCGGAGCAAGCCGUGAACAUCCGCACAUGGCCCAAGCCCACCUCUAUUCCAUGGGACCAGGUUGACUUAGACCAAUGGCAUACCAAUUUGGCUCAUCAAACGCCACCUGUGUCGGCUGACUUUUCAACCACAGAGUUCUUUACCGAGUGGGCUCAGCAUUGGGAAUCAGCCCUGGAUGGAUGCAUGCUUAACCAUCCACAACGUCGCCUUGACAAGACCUAUAGAGGUAGGGCUAUUCGCACUAAGCCCAUGUUGGCACCUUCUGUGCCACCUAUGGCCAAAGCUUCUCGCCCUGGAGAAGUUCAACUGCGUUCGGACCUGGUUUCCUCUCAAGUUCAACAAUGGUUCAAACAGCUCCGGAGGAUCCAAAGCUACAAGCAUGCUGCUUUGGCCAACAAAGACACGUUGGAUGCUGAGGCAUAUCGCCUCAACCUAUGGAUGGCCAUUCGAAGAAGCAGAGGAUUUGAAGGGCAUUUUGAUGCAUGGUGGACACAGAGACGGCACAAAACCCCUGCUGCUCCAGAUAAGCUCCCACUUGCUCCACCGGACGGGAGGACCGCAGAGUUGAUCUUCUUGGACUUUAAGACCAACUUCGAAGCCUUCGAACGGUGGCACAUCAGACAGCGGCGCAAGCUUCUGCAAUUGAAGUACGACAACAGCUGCCAUCGUUUGUUUCAAGAGCUACGGCCCUCCCAGCGUGAUCAGAUUGACAUGCUAUGGCACACGCAAGAUUUCACCAUUCUUGCGGUUGACCAUGAUCACUGCCAAUUACACCUGGAUCAACCAGCCCUUGGACUUGAUGGCUGUGUUUGGUUUUUGCAUGAUGUCCAAGUUGAAGUACGGUCAGCAGAGGGUGAUCUUCUUACCAUGAGUUCUUCGCCACAGACGGUGGAACCAGGUGAUCUUUUGCAAUGCCAUCAAUACUUUUCCACCGUGGAUGAGGUGCACCAAGCCCUUUUGGCGCUUUGGCAACCUAGAUGGCAGCAAGCCAGCAUGGUUGGCACAGAGCAAUGGAAUCGCAUCAUAGGCUUCAUACAGGCCUACAUGCCAAAACACACAUUUCCCAAACCUCAGCUGACUCUGGACAAUUGGCGGUUUGCACUCGAUCAUUUUCCCAAACGUCCGGCAAGAGGGGUAGAUGGCAUUGAUGUUUGUGAUUUGAAGAAGCUGCCUCCAACCAUUACCGCCAACCUUUUGGACUUUUUGGGUAGUAUCAAUGGCACUGACCAACAUUGGCCGCAACAACUGCUUUUUGGAACAGUAGUCAGUUUGGCUAAACAAGCACAACCACAUUUGCCCAACCACUUUCGACCAGUGGUGAUUUUGGGCACGGUGUAUCGUACGUGGUCACGAAUGUGUGCGCUGCCAUUGCUUCGGCUUUUUGGCUCACUGGUCCCAGCGGCCGCCCAUGGUUUCCUGCCAGGACGUGAAUGUGCCCAAAUAUGGCUUCAACUGCAGAGCUUCAUUGAAGUUUGCAUUCAACAAGGCAUUGAGUUUUCCGGCUUUAGCACUGACAUUGAGAAGUGUUUCAACAAUGUUGGACGGGAUUCUCUCAUGGCAUUGGCCUCGCAUGUGGGAAUUGCUGAUGAGCUUUUGCUGCCAUGGAGGUCUUUCUUGGAUGAGUUUGUACGCUCCUUUCAGGUGCGCACGGCACUUAGUCCUGCUGCUCAUAGCAGUCAAGGCCUACCGGAAGGAUGUAGUUUGUCAGUUGCUGGAAUGGUUUUGAUAGAUUGGGCUUUUCACAUUUACCUGGCCGUGCUGAACCCUUCUGUCCAUGCUUUUUCCUAUGUAGACAAUGUUUCUGAAGCCGGGCAUCUGGUGAUGGAUGUGGUCAAGGCCUUCUUUUCUACCAUUUGCUUUUUCCAACUUUGGGGACUGACCCUUGACGUGGGCAAAACCUAUUUUUGGAGUACGACACCCGCUUCAAGAGACUUGCUGCGUCUUUUGGGUUUGACUCAACAGAAGGAAGCCUUGGAACUUGGGGGAAGCAUGACUUUUGAUGCCAUGCGGCGCAAUAGGCAAUUGCGUAGCAGAGGUGACCGCCUCCAAGACAAAUGGGAGCGACUUCGGCGCAGCCCGUGUCCUUUGUCUCAGAAGUUCACCGUGCUGCCCCUGGCUUUUUGGGCCUCCGCUUUGUAUGGGGCGGCAUCAUGCCCGGUGGCCGACAACUACAUCCAUCAGUUGCGACAGGCGGCCAAUAAGGCGCUACGUUGUAAACAAGCUGGAUCCAAUGCACUGUUGAGAUUUUCACUGAAUGAUCGCAUGGAAGCUGACCCGGGCUUUUUUCACCUGGUCACCAUUGUUCAGACAUUUCGACGAGUUUGUGGGCGUUCUCCUAGGAUUCUGGACUGUUGGCGACUUUGGUGGCAUUCCUAUGACGGGAAACUUACUCAUGGACCAUUUGGAGUUUUGAUGGAAAUUUUCAACAAGAUUGGAUGGAGCAUAGGUGUCCCACCUAUGUUUUUUGAUCGACAAGGGCAUGCGCAUGACCUGCUUUUGAUUUCUUGGCCUUUUCUGCAUCAUUUGCUUGAAGAAGCGUGGCUUUGUUAUGUGGCUUCGACAUUGACGCGCCCUUCAAUGCGCGCACUGCAGGACAUUGAUGGCUAUGUUUCUCGCUGGCGCAAUAGCUCUUUGACUCCCCUUCAGCGAUCAUUGCAGUCGGCCUUACAAUCGGGCUCUUUCAUGGAUGCGUGGACACAAGGCAAGUUUGACGUUACCAAAUCUCAAUUUUGUUCUCUUUGUUCCACCCCCAACUCACAUGAACAUGUUUUGGUGUGCCCCAAAUAUCGGGACAUCAUAGAGAAGUUUUCACUCACUGAUGAGCUAUCGCAACUGCCACGGGCUUUUUCGCAGCACUUGCUUUGCUCGCGCUCACCCUGGUUGGAUGGUCUCCGGACUUACUUCAUGGGCAUUGAGGACUCCACCGAGACCUUUGUCUCGGCACCUGUGGACGGUGGUCUUCAACACCUCUUUACGGAUGGGAGCCUCAUGAAAGAUGGAAGACUGGAGACACAUAGGGCGGCAUGGGCUCUCUACAAUGCUACGAGUGGCCAACCGGUGGCUGAUGGAUGGCUGGCGGGCCUUCCGCAAACCAUUGUUCGUGCCGAGAUUACGGCGCUUCUGGCGGCUCUUCGUUGGGCACUACAUUGGGGGCGCCAGGUGCACGUUUGGCUGGACGCAUUGGAAGUACACCGUGCUUUUCAACGCCGACUGGCUGGACUUUGCACAGAGAUGACGGACGCCAAUAGCGAUUUGUGGAUGGAGGUGGACUCUCUGCUGCAACAAGGGGCCUUGGCGAUGGUCACCUCAUCCUGGAUACCUUCACACCUCAACCAGAGGCUUUGUGAAUCACCCUUUGAAGAAUGGGUUGCCCAGAACAAUGGCAUAGUUGACGCAAUGGCAGUCAGACGAAAUGCGGAUCGACCCAUGGAGUUCCGACAGCUUUUGACCUGUCAAAAACAAUGGGAUGAACGCCACACCAGUUUGAUGGAUAGGCUUCGUCACUUUUACUUUGAAGUUUUCGAGCGCAACAAGGAAGCUCGAUCGAAGGCCAACAUCCACAUCAUGGUGGAAUCUAGCGAUGAUGAGAGUGAGAUCUCUCCGGUGCUGUUUCCUUUCCGGAACCCCAUGGAUGGAGGCUGGCAGCUCAGAGACAGACACACAUUGUUCGAAAGACCCACUGUAUCGUAUUUUUACAGUGUCAUUCAGAAAGUAUUCAGAUACUUAUGUCGACACUGUUGCGAGGGUGAGCCAAGAUGUCUCGGACUGAACAGGUCCUCACUUGGCAUUACCAUUCCAUUAGAGGGAAUUUAUUUGAGGCUUAACCAUCGUACGAUGGCAACUGUGCAUGAUUGCCUCUGCCUUUUCACCUCAGGCAGGCCAGUUCGUCGCUCCUGCGACCUGGCUCGUCCUUUAGCAUGA